AUGGCCAAAAUGAAGGACGUAGGUAAAGGUCUGAUAGAUCCUAGGUAUUGCUGCUGUGCUGUACCACUAGUGAAUGCUGGUAUAUAUAUCAUAUUAUCUGAACAAGCUAUCUUGGGUUUAGCUAUUGGUAUUGUGGUAUUCGCUACACCCGAUGUGGUCGGAGCAGCAUUCCCAGAUAUAGGAGGGAUAGUGUUUGCAGUUUUGUGUUUCGUAAUUGCUGCUGUGCAACCCAUAGGAUUCGUUGGUGUAUUAAGAGAAAAGACAUCGACAUUCAAAUGGUAUUCUCUGAUGAAUGCUCUUGCGAUUCUCGCUGCCAUGAUUUGCGCUGCAGCUUUAAUAAUCGCCAGUGCGUUAAAGCAUAAUACAGCAGUAUCGGCUUGUGAGGCCAAAUUCUUCUCCGACUCCAGCACAUCGUCCACCACAGCCAACCAAACUCUAGCAUCUGAGGGAGAAGCUCUGUGCAGCGCGUUCGCUUGGGCAGAUGUUGGAAUUAUGGGUGCGCUUUGGGUGAUCCUGUUCCUAGUUCAGAGUUAUUUCAUCUUUCUCACAAGAACCUAUUCCAAAUCGCAAGUGUCAGAUCAUAAACUAUAUCAUUCAGUCUACUCCGAGAACCCAGAAGCAUUCACCAUGUCAAUUCUUCGAUCGACGCGAUAUAACCCUGGAUCAGUAUAUAAUCAAAUGCCGCCUUCCUCAGGACCUCACGCUGAUGCAUGGGAUGCUAGACCAAGUAUGGAUUCACUGAGAGAUGACAAUGCUGGAGCCGCCGGUCAAGGUGCAGGUGGAUAUGGAUAUGGACAUGGACAUCAGAGGGAAUUUUCCGAAGCCACAGUGAGACCAGGUGACGAAGGAAGAUAUGAUGAUGCCUAUGGACAAGACCAAGGUUAUAGGCAAAGUCAACAUCAACAGGGUGAUUAUCAAAAUGAACACGAUUACAACGAUUACGAACAUGAUCAACAUCAAUCGGGCGGAGGAAAUUAUCCAUUCUCUGCACCUGGAGGUGGUUAUGUCGAUCAUCCUGCCGAAGCAAUGCACGGCAGAGAAGGUAUAACGCCAACUAUGAAUCAGUACUCGGAAGGACAAGGGGUAGGCUAUGGAGGGCAGAACUCAGGACAUGGUGGAUUAAGAAGACCAGAGGAAAUACAAUCUCAUCCAGGUGGGCAUUGA